AUGGCAGAGAGAAAUACUAAUUCCGGCAAAGAAAUUGUGUUGAAAGUAUUAAUGCAUUGUGAAGGAUGCCAAAGUAAGGUUUCCAAUUGCCUGAGAGGUUUAGAAGGCGUUGAAGAGGUUGUAGUUGAUUAUCCAAAUCAUAAAGUGACUGUAAAGGGAAAAAAGGCAGACCCGUUAAAGGUUUUGGAGAGAGUACAGAAGAAGUGUAGUAGAAAUGCUGAGCUCAUAUCUCCAAAACCAAAACCAGAAAACAGAGACAAGAAGGAGCCAGAAAAGAAAGAAUCGGCUCAGCCUCAGGUGAAAGUUGUGGUGCUCAAAAUGUUGUUGCAUUGCCAAGGCUGUGCAAAUGAUGUUAAGAAAUACUUGGAGAGAAUGAAAGGUGUUCUAAAUGUAGAAGCAAAUAUGGCGAGCUCAAGGGUGACAGUGAGGGGAGUAGUUGAUCCACCAAAGCUGAUAGAAUACAUCAAGAAAAAAUUAGGGAAGCAUGCUGAGAUUGUGAAGCAAGAACAAGGCGGAGGAGGGGAUAAAGGGCAAGGCAAAGACAAUAAGAAAGGCCCAGAAGCAGGGGGAUAUAUAUUCCAAUACCCUCCUCAAUAUUCAACUCAACAUAUUUACCCUAGUCAAGCAUUUAGUGAUGAUAACCCUUUUGCAUGUUCCAUAAUGUAAACAAACUUUUAAGCUUGUAAUUUCUUCCUCCUUCCAUGGUGAUGGUGCACCUAAUCGGUGCCCCAUGGUUUCAGUUUCAGUUUGUCUUCAGUCUGU